AAAAAAAAAAAAAAAAUUAUAAUAAAUUUGUAAAAAAAUAAAAGUAAAAGGAAAAUGGCUCGUGGGAAGAUCCAGAUCAAGAGAAUAGAGAACCAAACAAACAGGCAGGUGACUUAUUCGAAGAGGAGAAAUGGGCUUUUCAAAAAGGCCCACGAGCUUACAGUUCUUUGUGAUGCUAAGGUUUCGAUUCUCAUGAUCUCAAGUACCCAGAAGCUUCAUGAAUAUAUCAGCCCUUCAAUCACGACAAAGCAAUUAAUCGACCAGUACCAGAAGGCUGCCGGAGUUGAUGUUUGGAACUCCCACUAUGAGAAAAUGCAAGAGCAUCUGAAGAAGCUAAAGGAGGUUAACAGGAACCUAAGGAUGGAAAUUAGGCAAAGAAUAGGGGAGAGCUUCAACGGUCUUGGGUAUGAUCAAAUCGUUAGUCUGAUCGAUGAUAUUGAGACUUCUCUAACUGUGAUUCGAGAGAAAAAGUACAAAGUCAUUGGAGGUCAGAUAGACACCAGCAAGAAAAAGUUGAGGAAUGCUGAAGAAAUACAUCGAACCCUAGCGCAUGAAUACGAUGCAAGGCAGGAGGAUCCACACUAUGGAUUAGUCGAAAACGAAGGUGAUUAUAAUACUAUAAUUGGAUAUCCAAAUCGAAUGCCCCCUCGACUAAUCACUUUUCGUCUGCCGCUUAAUCACCCUGCUAAUCUUCACAGUGGAGGAGGCUCAGAUUUGACCACAUUUACCUUGCUUGAAUAGGGUUAAUUGUGUCCAACUAUAUAAUAUAUGCUUUAUAAUUAAACUUUUGAAGACCUUAUUAGGUUUUUAAUUUAUUCACGUCUUGGGAAAAAAAAAAUGAACGAAAUAAAGGAAAGCCAAGGCGUGUGCAUGUAUGUAUGCUUGCUACUAUGCUGCUCUUGUAUUCUCCUAUGUGGCAUGUACGACGACGCUCUAUCGAGAAUUUGCUUUAUACUAUUAUUGUGUUUUGAAGCUAAAUUUGAAAAA